AGCACUAUGGACAGCCACAGACACUAAGUGAAGGGUACCCAGGACAAUCUGUUUUGUUCAGAUGGGGAACCAAGGUCCACUUGCCUGAAACUUGAAGCUUGGAAGCUGGAUUGGAUUUGGGGUGGCCAGGCUCAGGGGCCUUGACCUCCCUUCCACUGUCAUAGUUAAGGAAUCUGAACCAUGUAUGUCCCCUUGCAGGUCAUCUGUGUGCCACAGGAAUGGAAGGAGCCUUGGCAGAGCGUGUCAGGGCAGAGCCUUUCCACAGGGUCACGCCCCUGUUGGAGAGCUGGGCACUGUCUCAGGUGGCAGGCAUGCCCGUCUUCCUCAAAUAUGAGAAUGUACAGCCGGCUGGAUCCUUUAAGAUCCGGGGCAUCGGGCAUUUCUGUCAGCAGAUGGCCAUGAGGGGAUGCAGGCAUCUGGUGUGCUCCUCAGGGGGCAAUGCAGGCAUUGCAGCCGCGUACGCGGCUCGGAAGCUAGGCAUUCCGGUCACCAUCGUGCUCCCGGAGAAUACUUCCAUGCAGGUGGUGAGGCGGCUGGAGGGAGAGGGGGCCGAGGUCCAGCUGACUGGGAAGGUCUGGGAUGAAGCCAACAUAAGGGCGCAAGACUUGGCCGCAAGGGACGGCUGGGUGAACGUUUCCCCAUUUGACCACCCCCUGAUAUGGGAAGGCCAUGCCAGCCUAGUGCGGGAGCUGAAGGAGUCACUGGGGACCCCACCAGGUGCCGUGGUGCUGGCCGUGGGGGGCGGAGGCCUCCUAGCAGGUGUGGCUGCGGGCCUGUUGGAGGUAGGCUGGCAACAUGUGCCCAUUGUUGCCAUGGAGACCCGAGGGGCGCACAGCUUCAACGCAGCCUUGCAGGCGGGCAGGCUGGUCACUUUGCCAGAUAUCACCAGUGUAGCCAGGAGCCUGGGAGCCAAGACAGUGGCUGCGCGGACCUUGGAGUGUGCAAAGGAGUGUGAGAUCCUCUCUGAGGUGGUGGGAGACUGGGAGGCUGUGAGAGCUGUGCAGAGAUUUCUGGAUGAUGAGCGCAUGCUGGUGGAGCCUGCCUGUGGGGCUGCCCUGGCGGCUGUAUACUCAGGCAUCUUGGGGAGGCUUCAGGCUGAGGGCCGCCUGGGCUCCCCCCUGACUUCCAUUGUGGUCAUCGUGUGUGGUGGCAAUAACAUCAGUAUCCAACAGCUCCAGGAGCUGAAAACCCAGCUGGACUGCAGCUGAAGGCUUCCGGGGACC